AUGAGUGACGUAAAUAAGUGGCGUAAGAAAUUACAGUAACAUUCAUUUUCAUUAUUUCAAUCGCUAGAAUAUCUCAAAAUGGAAACUGACAUUGAAGACUUAAAACAUCUUGUACUGAAUAAAGUCCAAGAUGGAGAAAAUCUUUUGCAGCAAGUGCAAUCUCAUUUCACAGCCGUUGAAGGGAGCAAGAAACUCGAAAGGCGAAUCCGCUCUGAAAUGAAAUUCCUUCAAAAGUUGUUGGAGGCCAAAACAGGAGUAAAAAAGGAACACAUACUGUCAAGCAAUUUAGGAUCUUUGGCUGCAGUGGUUGAAAUUCUUCAUCAAUGCGAAAGCCCUGCUGCUGUCUUUAAACCUUUCAGCCUAGAGAACGGCCCCAUAAGUCGAAUUGAAGUGGAUGUGGUCUCCAAGGGAGGGGCAGUCUGGCACAAAGCCAUAGCUCGCAAAGCAGAAGCGCUGGAAGACAUAUCGAAAGGCAGGACCUCGUGUGGCCAAAAGUCAGUAAUUGACCAAGCAUCAGAUUACAUCAAAUGUGCAAGACUGCAUCCACACCUUUUCAACCCACCCAAGGUUGUGUUCCACUUUUUCAACAGUAUCAGCUUGACUAUUGCUGUCAAACUGAGGAAACUAGGAGUCGAUGUGGAAGGUGACGUCAGACCAGUAAUGGAAGACGAAUUAAGUGACACGAGCAGUGGCUGGGAUAGCGAUGAGGACGACAGCGAAGAUUACGAAGAAGACGACGAAGAGAAUAACGGAAUGGCAACUUUGCCUCAUUCCAAUCACUGCAACAUGGUCCAACAAAGUGACAAACUCUUUCUUGACAUCACUUGCAUGGUGGCCUACGUCUCAUCAAUGACCAACGGCGGAGCAAACUAUCGUUUCCCCAAAACGAUCUACAAUCAGCAGGCCGAGUGGGAGCGUUUGUCGCCCGCCAAGCCCAAAUUGGACGCUCUGUUUGGAGAUAAACAGCUAGUGACUUGCCGCGAAGCUCUCAUCGAUUUCCAAACGCUAGUGGAGCGAAUGGGCGGCCCUGGAGAGAAGCAACGAACGCAGGAUCUCAUCAGCCGGUUGGAUAUUGUCGACGAUUCGCCCUGCGGAAGAGUGUCCCACCUCCAACUGACGAGCAAUGUGAAGACCAGGAGUAGAUUGAUUUUCUGUACAGCCGACCAAUUGGGCAUCGUGAUCGUCACAGCCAACACGGGAUUCGUCCGAUCAGCAGCCAGUCAAGGAAUAGAAAUCGCACAUUAUGUCCACGAGCCUCGAGUUUUGACAGAGCAGCAGGAGCGUUUUUCAACUCCCCUCCAUCCGCCGACAACCGAAAAUGCCUCAUAAUACUACCAAGACGAUUUGACGAAUUGAAUUGACAUUAUCUCGUUUACCUUCGUGAGUGCCUCACCUAUUCCAAAGAGUAAGAUGCUCUUUUCUUCCUACCAGUUCAGUAUUGGAACUGCUGUUAAAAUUUUUGUCAACAUUCGGCAACUGGCGUUGUUGUUGUGUCUGGACUCCAAUACACGAUAACAACGCACGGGA